AUGGCCGCCGACUCGGUUCAUAGCACUUAUCCUCCGAAGUUGAGUCCUGCGCAAGAGCAGUUUCUUGUUUCGACAAUCAAAGACUGGACAAUCGAGCAUGGCCUGACUGUCAGACCGCCAGUAACAUUUGUCUCUCAAGAGGCAGUGUCAAAAGGUGUGCUAGCAACUAAUGCUCCCGUCACGCUAUUUCCCAGCCCGUUCCCCAAGGCAUGCUUUGAAGAAGCCAGGGCAGCGCAGAAGGUGUAUAACGAGCUAUAUGCGCGUAUAACGAUGGAUGAGAAGUGGCUUGGUGAGGUUAUUGAAGAGCUGAUCGAUGUCGACGACUUCGUUGCCGAGCUCUGGAAAGUCCAUCUUGCUGUGCAGAAACAAGGCUAUGUGCAAGAUUUGUCUCUGGGACUUUUCCGGUCGGAUUAUAUGCCACAUACGCUUUCUGGCUCGCAGACCUCAUCCCUGAAACAGGUCGAAUUUAAUACCAUUUCAUCCUCGUUCGGUGGACUGUCUUCUCGUGUGGCAGCCUUACACUCAGAACUCCUCACGUCACCACCUGGGCAUUCUCUAAGUUAUCCGGCACAUCCAUUAUUUGACGGAAGAGUGCCUCCUGAGAAUACGGCUGUCGAAACCCUAAGCGCAGGAUUAGCCGCAGCACAUCAAGCAUAUGGGCCGUCAAAAUCGACACCGCCGCUUCCUCUCUGUAUUUUGUUCGUCGUCCAAGAAGGCGAACGUAAUAUUUUCGACCAAUUGGCAUUAUCUACAAGAUUAUCAAGUUUUCACAAAAUCUCGGUAUUUCGGCUGAUCACAAGUGAAAUUUUGGACCGAACAUCUAUCGCAGAGAACAAUCCGCUCAGGCCAUUGAUAUAUAAUCCACCCCACGCAGAGAAUAGUCCAUUCGAAGUGACAACAGUUUACUUGAGGAGUUUCUACGCGCCAACUGACUACAAAAGUGACCGCGAUUGGAGCGCCAGGCUCCAGCUCGAGCUGUCUGCGGCGAUUAAAUGCCCUACGGUACUCAAUCAGCUAUCCGGCUGCAAGAAGAUCCAGCAAGUUCUUGCCGAUCCCAACCGACCAGACCACCUCUCGAGAUUCGUGCCUACAGAAGAGACCCAAGAACAACUGCGUCGAACAUUUGCACCACAAUACGAUCUCUCAUCUAAUAGCCGCGGGAGAGAACUUGCCCUCAACCCCGAAAGGGCCGCACUUCACGUCCUCAAGCCACAAAGGGAAGGUGGUGGCAAUAAUAUCUAUAAGGACGCCAUACCAGCUUUCCUCCGAUCGAUGCCGGAAAGUGACUGGAAAGGAUGGGUGUUGAUGGAGCUGAUCCAGCCGCCAACGGAGGCUAGUAAUGUGGUCCUUCGCAGUGAUGGGGAGGUUGUCAGUGGGAACGUCGUUGGAGAGCUGGGUAUAUUUGGUACUAUUCUAUGGAAAUCAAAUGGCGAGAUACUGCAUAAUGAGGAAGGUGGAUGGUUGAUGCGAACGAAGGGCAAGGAGAGCAAUGAAGGCGGAGUUGCAGCUGGAUUCUCGUCUUUAGACAGUGUCAUUUUAUACUGA